AGCUCGAAUGAACUAGGUAUAUUGUAUUGUCUGUAAAUAUUGGGUAAGCGUCAAUGGAAAAAUUGGGCGCGCCACGCGCCUUGUCCACCAUGAACCCGUUGCCACAAGGGCCUUCGCUAUAAAAUUCAAGUAGGAUAUACGCAAGGUCUAUCUCUAUCACCGUAUUGGCAUUAGAGCCGGUUUGCGGCCUGUAAAAACGAAAAUAUGAUUCAGUGUUCCUUCAUAUGAGGGGUGGAUCACUGCCAUGAUAAGUACAGAAAAUCGCGAAUCGAACGUCAAGACCCAGUUCGCAAAUAAGCAACAUUGACGCAAAACAUCUCCACGUACAAUUGAGAUCGUCCAAGGUGGUUCUGUAAGAUAUGGUACGUUCUAAUAGCUCAACGAGUGAAGCGUGAGUUGCAUUGAUACAGCAUUGAAAGAACGCUGGGAAAAACUUUCGCAUAUAGCAAUUAGUCUCCGAUAGAAAGCAGAUACCUGGGAGGGAGAGCAUCGACCAAAGCAAAGUGUUAAUCCACCAAGUCGCAGCGCGAUUGAAAAGAGAUCUGAGAGAGGAGUAAGCGAAUGAUCGUCGUAGAUGUCUUUAAUUGAAAAGGCUAUGAUCAGCGUAGGAGUGAAGGAUUGCUGGAACAGUGCCGAGUGCCAGACGACGGAGAGAGAAACAUUUCCGAGCCUGGUCGUUCACGACUCAAACAGUCAGUUAUCACAGAUAGUAAACGAACACGUCUCAGAUCAGCCGAAGAUAUGAUUGAAUGAAUGAGAACUUGAAGCUUGAAGCAUGACAAGC